AUGGGCAGUGCUGCGGCCUCGAAGCUCGCGGAGGGCGUGAAAGAGGCCAGCCCGGCGGCUCUCCAGGAGUCGGCGAAGGAUCUCUCCGGCGAAGAACGGAGCCGGAUCAUGUCUGCCAUUGCAAUCUUGGAGCUCGCCGGGGGCUAUGCCGGCUCUACCAGCAAUGGUGACUGGGGAGACUAUAGUAUUCGCGUCCAAGUGAAGCAAGAUGCCACUGCCACCGUUAGUGAGUCGGCGUGCUUCUUCCGAGACAGCCCUUCUGAAGACACCACACACACAGGCACGUGCAGCGUGACAGACGAUAUUCUGACCUUCACCGCCAAGGAGACGACGACGACUUCGUCAUAUGCGGAUGAAGGCAGUGACAAGACCGUGAUCAUCAAGUUCAAGAUCCAGGGAGACGGCUCGCUGGCGCGGCUGGCCGAGGACGGCACGAUUGCAGUGAUGCAAGGCGGGUACGACGGUGAGAAGGUGCCGGCGAUCCUCAAGCGCAAGAAGUGCACCAAGACGGGGUAG